AUGCAACCAAAAUCAAUAACACUACUACAAAAGAUCGACUCAAUAGUUGAACAAAUCUUGCUCAAAUUUCAAAAUAUUCUUGAAGUCCUCACAAAUGAUUCCAAACCUAAAGAACUAUUAUCGAUUGAAUCCUUAACUAUUGAAAGUGAUGCGAUACAAAUUAUUCGUUACAGUCAGGAUUUAUUGUCGAUACUGAGGAGUUUGAAGGAAAGUUGGGUUUUGGGUAGUUUGAAGGUGAAAGGGUGUGAGGGGACCAGUGAAGGGAUGAGUGGUGAAGGUGAAGUUGCCAAUAUGGUGACGAAUUGGAAUGAAGGUGAAGUGGAUAAAGUCUUUAAACUAUUCAAUGAGUUGACUGAUAGUAUAGCAACGUUUGAGAGACCCAAAGCCCAAUCAUAA